AUGCAGCUCUUCUCGUCGGUAGCUCUGCUGCUGUCCGCCGGCUUGUUCCAAGCUGUGCUUGGCCACAACAUUCAGCUUCCUGCCCACGGCCGCGAAUGUUUCCACGAGCAGCUCCGCCGCGAUGACAAGAUGACCGUGACCUUCCAGGUCGGCGACCGGGAGUUUGGAAGUGCCGGCAACCUCGACAUUGACUUCUGGAUCUCCACUCCCAAUGGCCAGUACGAGACCUUCCAGAAGAGUAUCUCCAACGGCGACUACUCUUUUGAUGCCAAGCAGGACGGCAAGUACACGUACUGCUUCGGCAACGAGCACUGGGGUGCCAACAGCAAGGAGGUCUCCUUCAACGUCCACGGUAUCGUCUACGUCGCCGAGCACGAGGCCGACAAGGAUCCUCUCGAGACCGAGGUCCGCCACCUCUCUGAUCUCCUCACAUCCGUCAAGGAUGAGCAGUCCUACAUUGUCCUUCGCGAGCGCACCCACCGAAACACCGCAGAGAGCACCAACAGCCGAGUCAAGUGGUGGAACUUGUUUGUCAUUGGCAUGGUCAUUGGCGAGUCCGUUUUCCAGGUUUGGUGGCUGCGCAGGUUCUUCGAGGUCAAGCGUGUAGUGUAA